AUGCGAGCCAGCGCUUGGUCACGCACAAAGUGCAAGAGCUGUUCUUGCGGGUCCCCAGAGUCCAUGGUGCUUGAUGUGUGGCUUAAGCGCAGCCGCUGCGAUGUCAGACACGGCUUCCAUUUGAACCAGCUUAGCGCUGUCCAUGCGCAGGCACGGUGCAGGCUUAAUGUCCAAGCAAAGCGUGGCAGAGCCGGUGUUUUGACAUAUGGCUUUGAGGGCGCACAGUGUUUGGCGUGUGUGUUUAGCUUGAUAGAGAAACAGGAAGUGUUCCAACCCGUUGCAGAGUCGCAGCUUUUGUCAGGCCACAACUACAGGUCGGGCAAGGGUGGGCUCGUUGUGCCGUAG